AUGGACUUCUUCAAGCGCAAGGGACGCCCUUCGACGCUCGUCGUGCCAUCUGCGGUCUCGACUUCAGCGAGCGUGCAGCUGCAAGAAGGCAAUGCUCGAGCAGACCUUGCGACCGCCCCCGGCACCAUGACGGCUUCGUCGAGUAGCUCGGAGUCCUUCAAGAGCAGCAAGGAAGCAGUCUCGAGCUCAUCCUCCGACGCCCAACACGGGCAGCAAUACUCGGAGCGCCGGCUUGUUCUACCGGACACUGUGAGUGCAAAGGAGGCGGACACCUUCAUGCCUGAUGAGCUUCUGCGAGCACUCGAUCGUGAUCCGAGCCUGUCGCCCAAACCGGCCUUGCUGGGCCAGUCUGCUGGUCUGGCCAAGUCGCUUGGCCCGCCUGUCAGCGGUCAAAGUCUCAACAGCGGCACGAUUGGCCUCAUGGACGACCAUGGACAAGCCGUGCAAGUAGCAUUCCCUACCAAUCAGACUACGCCGACCCGUUCGAAUGGCAGCAGACGGACCACAGGCAUCGGUCCGAGCCAUUCGGACGGAAUUGCAGCCGCAGAAUUGCCUACCCUACCUGCUAUGAGCCCAUUCGCAAUGACCGCGUCUCCGAGUUCAACUCCUUCGCCGCACCCAACUGGCGUGCUCGCAGCGCAGUCCACCUACCAUCCCAGCGCUGCAGAUUCGAGACAGAGCGCCAUCAAAUCUGUCCUACAGCAAUCCUUUGCCGCCGAUCCUAUCGCACCUACUGCUGUGACAGUUCCUGCGACCCUCCUGACGCCGGUAAAGACGACGUCGAGGCCGAUCACAGCAAGCUUGUCACCCUCCCAGCGGCUGCAUGCAGCCAUGUUCGGCGAGCCAGAGCUAGAUCCCGUCACCUCAGAGCCUCAUAGCUUAUUGCCAAAUGCACCUUCCACCUCGGAAGAAAGUCCGCACAGUCGCUCGACUUCGCUCGAAAUGACUUCUGCGAAAAAGUCGAUUUAUCCUACCGACUACACCGAUCGCAAAAGCAUGCCUGCUUUCAUUUCACAGGCACCGCAGUCUGUCGUGCAAAGUACGUCCGAGGACAUGCUCGAAACUUCUCUGCCGCGCGAGAAUCAUGUCGUCGACAUCAUGCAAGCGCGACAUCGAAGAUCAUCAGAGACGUUGACGAGAACAAAUCAAGAGGAAGAAUUAUCGCCUCUGGAAUCAGCUGAGGAGCGCGCGUUUCCAUCAGUCGGAGCUUCUCCGACGAGCCCAGGCUCAAGCUUCACUGAUCGGCUUCGAUCUCAUAGACUGCGUGCUGCUGGACCGGAUCUGUCGCUCAGACAGGAUGAGGAAGCUCCUUCGCCGCCACCGAAAUCGCCUCACAUGCUACCGCCCAUUCAUGAUGCUUCGACGAAACGAUCGACAGCCAAACCGGCGUCUAGCACGUCUCAGGUCUCCAGUCAGCAGCGCGCUAUGCUCGCUGCUCUCAUCACUUCUGAACAGCCUCAGCAAUCGUCGAUCGCCCCUCCCUUGACAGCGAGCACCGCGAGUCGUACCAGCAUGAGCAGCACAGAGCGCUCAAUUGCUGGCGAACACCACUGGCAAAGCACUUUAGAUCGCGAUCGACUCGGAUCGGAUACCCCGCAACGACGCUCACACGCCGACUUUGUGAUCGCCGUCAUUGGCGCUCGAGGCGUUGGCAAGACGACCAUAAUUCACAGAGGCUUGCGUAAACCACUGGGAACGGAGAUCAGAGGAGAGCCUGGCGGCAUCAUAUGCUAUUCCGCCGCUGUCAUCGCCGGCGGACAGAACAGGCUCAUCGAGGUCUACGAGUUGACUGACGAGCAUGUCUCUAUGAGCACAAGCGGUCUGUCUCUGCCCAAUGCUGUACCUCAAAUCGACGGUGCCAUGCUUUGUUAUGAUGCCUCGAAUCCCGGCGCACUGACGGGCUUGCGCGGACUGCUCAAUGCCUUCUGGCGCAGAGGAGGUGUCAAUCUCAUCGUACUCGCAUGUAAAUCCAGUCCUAUCGAAUCACAAAACGCAGUUUUGCCCAUGCGCGCUGCCGAAAUGUGUACAGUCUACGGUGCGGGCAUUGUUCAGCUGGACGGCGGUCUUGCGGAUCCGUCGAAGAAGACCCGAAACAGCUUUGGUUGGCUCAUACGCUCAAUUCUGGAGACUCGCGGACUGCAAGUCGGCGCAGAUAGCUCGUCUCGAGGCAGUAAAACUCUGAGCGCCCAAGCCGAGUCGCGCACUUGGACAGAGAUGGAACCACGCGACGUCCCCGAACAUUCUCGCCAUUCGUCGCCAGCGGCCUAUCUCCGUCGCCAAUCGGUCGACCGGCAGGGUCCGCCGCGCAACGAUCUAGGUCUAGGCACUGUACAGUCUGCUCCAGUCAAUGGUGAACCACAGGAUCGCACUACUUCCCUUGAGAGUCGGCUGUCCAUAUCGGAGGAUUCCCGUGAAGCAAGCACGCCGCGUUCUCGGCACAGUGUCGUUAGUGUGUCCUCAAAGUCAUCGGCUGGUGCUCCCAGCUCAGCCGGCUCAAUCCUCAUAGACCGACGGAGCUCAACGCAGGGCAAUUCGAUUUUAGGUGGUUAUUCCGGCAGGAGCGUAGCUGCGGACGUGUAUCAUUCCACCGACGAAGUCAUCGACAAAUUCCUCUUUGCAGCUGUCACUGGCAAUGAUGAGCAGCAGGUCGUCCUCUUCUUGAUCAUCUAUCGGCGCUUUGCUGCACCGGCCCACGUCCUCAAAAAGCUUAUUGAGCGAUACGAGUUCGUUUCGACGCGCCUGAAAAGCGAUCCUGUUCUUAGCCGAUACGCUCAUACCCGGCUGUGCAGCGUGCUCGCCGAUUGGCUCGAGUACUACCCUGGCGAUUUCACUUCUGUCCGCGUCCGCGCGCUGAUCAAGCCAUUUCUGGAAGGUCUGGUUUUGCAGGCGUACGUAAGCCGAUACGCAAUAGAGCUAUUGCCGAUGCUGCGUAAGCUUGAAGAUGCGGAUGACCUCGAUAAUUAUUGGGCCUGCCCAGACCCUUCCGUAGAGAGUCCUGUUCCAGAAGCCGUAGAGGCUAUCGCGCCGCCUCAGAUCCCAGCGAACGCAAGCAGCAUCGCGUCACGGCUCUCCGUCAGACCAUCAACCGAUACCUCUCGGAUCAUUCAUCAGAGCAGCAAUCUCCUGGCGACUGCGAUAUCACUUCUGAACGACACAGAGGAUGCAAUAGCCGAGCAGAUUUCUCGCCUUACCUGGCGAGCGUAUCUGGUCAUGUCUUCUCGUGACCUCAUUCGUUACAUACUUGCUCCACGCAACCCUACAGAUCCGAGCGGGUCCAGGCUGCGAGCAGCAAAUAAUCCAGUCACACGAGCGAUUUCAUGGGUCAAUCACUUGUCCAAUUGGGUGGCGUCGGUCAUACUGAUCCUUCCUCGCGCAAAGAUGAGGGCUCGGAUGAUGGAAAAGAUGAUUGGCGUCGCGGUCCGCCUGCGCGAGACUGACAAUUACGACGCCCUGAUGGGACUCCUGGCUGGGCUCAACUGUCAACCGCUCUAUCGUCUCGAAAAUACACUCGAUCUCAUCAAGGAUCGGCCUCUGUUCAAAAAGUUCAAGAGUCUCAACCGACUCAUGUCCUCAACGCGCUCUUUUAGCGCGUACCGCAUGGCUCUCUCGACAUCUCGACCCUUCGUCAUACCGUACAUAGGCUGUCAUCUACAAGAUCUCGCUCGGCUCGAUGAGGGCAAAAGCGACAUGCGCAGCGGGCUCAUUAACUGGACGAAAUUCCAGCAGAUGGCGAAAUCAGCUGCGACUGUAUUUGACUGCCACAAAUUUGCACCCGAGCUCGCAGUGGAUCAAGGCGUAACCAAUCGUGUUAUGAAUGACGCCAUAUUCGACCUUAAUGACAAUGCGCUCUAUGAGCUUAGCUAUCAAUAUCAGCCGAGAGCAACUAGCGCGUCUUCUGCACCCAGCGCGCUCCGACGGAUGUUUGACAACGUCCGCUCAUGA